AUCACACUGGUGAUAGACAACAUGUGGUAAAAUUCAACUUCAAACAAUAUGGAUCUAUCAAAAUUGAACACAGUCUCUUCUGUCAUACUAAGACUGAUAUAUUGAAGAUAUUUUUUCCUUAAUGCAUUACAUAUGCAUUAAAAGAUGGUCAGACGGUUUCAUACAACACUCGGCUGAUCUCGCACACUGGAGUCAUCUUAUGUGAAAACAGGAACCAGCACUGAUGCAUGCUCCAGCUGUGUGUCAGCCCUCCCCUUGCCAUCUUAAGGAGGAUCUUGACAGUUUGAGACUAGCUGUCAGCCAAACUGUUUCAGGAAGGCAGUGUCACCCUGAAGACAGAAAAAGGAUCCUUUGAGAAUGUCAAGCUCUCUGGUUGUGUGUGAAGUGGAUGAAAGUCUGAAAGCUAAACUGAGAAAGUUUAGAUUUCGAAAAGAGACCAACAAUGCGGCCAUACUAAUGAAAAUAGACAUGGAGAAACAACUUGUUAUCCUUGAAGAGGAAUAUGAGGACAUCUCACUGGAUGAGUUGAGAGAAGAACUUCCAGAGCGGCAACCCAGAUUCAUUGUCUACAGCUACAAAUAUAUCCAUGCUGAUGGGAGGGUGUCUUACCCUCUGUGUUUCAUAUUCUCCAGUCCAAUGGGAUGUAAGCCAGAGCAACAGAUGAUGUAUGCAGGCAGCAAGAAUAGACUGGUUCAAGCUGCAGAGCUCACAAAGGUCUUUGAAACAAGAAACACUGAUGACUUGACAGAAGAAUGGCUGAAGAACCAGUUGGCAUUUUUUCGCUGAAUAUACAUCUCCCAUAUCUCUGAUGCUAUCAGUCUUUUUCUUUGUGAAACAUGCCCAUCGAUUUAAAGUUUCAAUUGUUGUGCACAUUAUUGCUAUUAAAUGAUUUACUUUAUGAAAUCAA